AUGUCAACCGACGACUUAUCCUCCAAUAUUGUCCCGCUGGAUGCUGGUCUCAGCCUCAAGUUCUACGAAGCGGUUCUCUUGCUCUACAGCCUCAAGGAAGUCAAGUUCGAGGCGAAGAGCGUCAAGGAACCGGAAGCAGACCUCGAAUCCGACACUGGAAGAUCAUCGAGGGACUCAUUCCGAUGCUUCGUCAACAAGCUCGGUCAGAUCUGCGACAGCGAACUGAGAGGCAAAACUGUGACGGCAUUCGCUGUCCUCCAGCCUGGGGGGAUUCAGUAUCGAUUUGCAUCCAACCAGCGGACCAACGAGGAGCUGCAAGAUGUCAAGAAAUACAUCACGAACAUCCUGGGAAUUCUGGGAAGCACUCCUGACGACCAAUUGAACGGAGUGUUUGGGGCGGCCCUUGAAAGAGUCAUAUCCUUUAACCGACCUGCCAUCCAACAGCAGAUCAAGAACUUGACCAAACAAGAAGGGAUGAAUCACUGCGUAAAAGUAUGUCAAGAGGAAGAUACCUCUGAAGGUCGGAAAGCUGCCCUUGAUAUCAACACUCUCAGAAGAUUUGCCUGGUUGUCCGAACGAGAAGAAAGAGGUGGACCGAGUCUAAAGAUCUGUUUCAUGCGCGACAAGGCCCGGGCAGACAGAGAUCCCAAUUCAAAGACACCAUGGAGCGAGCUGCGACACGCCUUUAGCCGUCUUCAAUCCUACAACAUUGCUGUCAGAACACUCAUUUCGAUGCGGCGUCGGCGUCGGGAGCUGUUUGAAGACUUUGAGGUCGUACCUGUUCCAUCCAGCGUUCGAUCUGGCUGCCCAAACGUCCGUCGCACCCUUGAUGGUAUCAUCAAACGCUUUCCAGAACAGAUGAAGAUGGCUCAAGCAUGCCAUACCAAUCUCCCGGAGGAGCAGCGGGGUGCGGUGGAAAACAAGAUCAAGGCGUGCACAAAAGGCAAGUUCAAGCCGUAUGUGCACGCGGAAUUGGUGUUGCUGGACUCAAUUCUCACAGAGCAGCGCGAGGGCGAACCGUUGCGCUUCUUUGCCGAGGCGGAUUAUGAUCGCUAUAUUGGCUGCAGCAAGCCUACUUGCCGCUUGUGUAAGUUGUAUAUCGACAACCACCCGAGCGGGGUAGAAUUUCGCCAUGGUCAUUGUAACGUCUACCAUGAGUGGCGUGCCCCAGAUAUCUACAAUGAAGACGGUGUCAAUGUUGCGGAAGCUAUGAAGACAAGGCAGGAUAUCCAUUACAGGAUGCUGGAGACACUGCGGCAGACGAUCAAGAGGUGGAUUACUGACAAUGUGGCUGAGAGGAAGCUCCACGAUUCCAACACGAACGCAACGAGCUACAUUGGAGGAGGAAGCUCUACAUACAAUGCACACUUGUCAGCACAGGCUUCUCCCGAUAACAUGGACUGUAUGUCGACCAUGGGCGCGGUGGAUGACUCGGAUGAUGUGGCAACCAUGUUCGGAGGGCUGUCACUUGGCGGUGACAGUGGACAGUCCUGGUCUCCGACGUCGGUCAGCAGAAGCUCACAGGACACAACUCCGGUGCAAGAGGAUAAGGCUGGUUCUCCUCGUGGAUUGUCCAUGGAGUCUUUGAUUGACAAGAAAAGACGACGCCCUCUGAUCAUCGAGGUUGAAGAGUAGGACAUUAGAUCGAGCGUGGCGUGUGGUUGGAGCGUUGGAAAGGUGUUGGGGUCGAG